AUGGCUCGGCCAAGAGACUCGCGCUCACCAAGCCUGGCGGACAGCCACGGUGCUCGUCGACACCGUGACGACCGACGACCGCGCGAUCGUGGCGACGACAGAGGCUAUCGCAGGCGCUCUCGAUCGCGUACACCCGAGGUACGCCAGCGGCAUCUGCCCACUCAUCCGCGCAGCAGGCGUUCUAAUGCAGAAUCACCUUCCCAGAAACGAUAUCGCGACCGAGACGGCGGCCGGGACCGUGAUCACUAUCGCCGACGAGAUCGCUCCCGCUCCCUGGAUAAGGAUCACGAUCGCUACCGCGGUGGCCGUGAUAGGCGCCGCUCGCGAGACCGCUACGAUGACAGAGCCCGGCCAUCCGAUGGCCGACGCAACAGAAGCCGCGACGACGACAGAAGGCGAAGUGGCUCGCGUGGCAGAGACUCCCGCGGAGAUGACUCUCGAAGUGACAGCAGGGGCAGAAAUACUCCACGCACAGACAGCGGUCGAAAACUGGAUGAACCCCCCAAACAGACCGGCGCUACAACCGCCCAGGCCGAUGCCGAGAAGAAGAAAGCCGAACGUCUCGCUAAACUCGAGGCAUGGAAAAAAAAGAAGGAGCUGGAAGCACAAAAGCCAAAAGAGGUCAACCCCCUUCAAACUCGCAGCUUACUGGCAGAAAUGGACAAAAAGUCCAGCGGCAUACCCUCUGAUGCUGCCUCGCCUGCUGUUUCAUCGGGCGCCUCGCCCACACCAGGCCCGGACUCUGGAAAUGCAUCUCCUGUGCGACCAUACGCUGGGAAGUUCGAUCCUAAGAGCAUCGCGAAGAAGUCAGCUGCAAGAACACAUGAUGCGACAAAAUCAAUCCUGGGUUCCAUCAACCCUGAGCAGGGAAAAUUGUCUGUGCCAGUCAAGCAGUCCACCGCAUCUGCGCUACCGGCCAAUCGUGCUAAGACGAGCGCUUUCGGAUUUGGCAAGUCUCAGGGCGAUGAAAAGCUUCCCAGCAAGCGCAAACUCGACCUAGACGAGGAGGAGACCACGAAACGUAAGCUAACAAAGCUGCCCAGCCUACCCGUGGAGGCAGACGACACACCAUAUGUUGACCAAGAUGAUGAUGAUGACGACAACGGUGACGAAUUUGCUGAAAACGAAGAAGAGGCUGCCGCUGCCGCUCGCGCUGCGCACGAGAGGCGCUUGCAAGCCGAGGAAGAAGCAUCAAAGGAAGCAGACGGCGACCAAGCCAUGGCAGACGCUGCUCCAACUACCAAUGGGACUGCCAGCAUUGCCGAGGAAAAUCAGAUGGAAGUGGAUGAGGAGGAGGACGAUGUCGAUCCUCUGGAUGCUUUUAUGGACGAUUUACAGCACAAAGAAUUCAAACGACCAGCUGCCAAAAAGGCAUCUACAGUCAAGAAGCUGCCAGAACCCGAAGCUUACUUUAGUGACGAUGAUUACGGCUAUGAGGUGGACCAAAACGACGCCGACGCUAGUGCCGUGCUGGCCAUGACGAACAAGCGCAAGAAGAAGGAAAUACCUACAGUUGACUAUAGCAAAAUCGACAUUCAGCCCAUUCGAAAAAAUUUCUGGGUGGAACCUGUCGAGCUCAGCGAGCUCAAUGAAACGGAAGUUGCGGAACUUCGAGCAGAGCUUGACGGCAUCAAGGUCAAUGGCAAGGAUGUUCCAAAGCCUGUGCAGAAAUGGGCGCAAUGUGGUCUCACUCGACAGACGCUGGACGUGAUUGAUAACAUGGGUUUCGAGAAGCCGACCUCAAUUCAGAUGCAAGCGAUCCCUGCUCUCAUGUCUGGGCGCGACGUCAUUGGCGUCGCCAAAACUGGUUCCGGAAAAACCAUGGCCUUUUUGCUGCCCAUGUUCCGUCAUAUCAAAGAUCAGCCUCCGUUGAAAGAGUCGGAGGGUCCCGUCGGACUGAUCAUGACACCCACGCGCGAGUUGGCUACGCAGAUUCACCGUGAUUGUAAGCCGUUCCUCAAGAUGAUGGGCAUGCGUGCUGUCUGCGCCUACGGCGGUGCUCCAAUCCGCGACCAGAUUGCAGAGUUGAAGCGCGGCGCCGAGAUUAUCGUCUGCACCCCUGGUCGUAUGAUUGAUUUACUGGCUGCGAACCAGGGCCGCGUCACCAACUUACGACGAGUGACGUACGUUGUGCUGGACGAAGCUGAUCGUAUGUUUGACAUGGGUUUCGAGCCGCAGGUCAUGAAAAUUUUUGCCAAUAUGCGCCCGGAUAAGCAGACGAUUCUCUUCUCCGCCACCAUGCCGCGCAUCAUUGACUCGCUGACCAAGAAGGUACUCAAGAGUCCUGUGGAGAUUACUGUCGGCGGGCGCAGUGUCGUGGCCAAGGAAAUUGAGCAGAUUGUGGAAGUUCGGGAUGAAAAUACAAAAUUCCAUCGGGUACUUGAACUGCUCGGUGAACUCUACGAUCGCGAUGAAGACGCGCGCUCGCUCAUUUUCGUCGAACGUCAAGAAAAGGCGGACGACUUGCUCAAAGAGCUCAUGGUGAAGGGCUAUCCUUGCAUGUCCAUCCACGGUGGCAAGGACCAGGUGGACCGUGACUCUACCAUUUCCGACUUUAAAAAGGGCGUCGUUCCCAUUCUUGUUGCGACAUCCGUUGCUGCUCGAGGCUUGGACGUUAAGCAACUAAAACUCGUCAUCAACUACGAUGCACCCAAUCAUUUGGAAGACUAUGUCCACCGCGCAGGCCGUACAGGCCGUGCCGGAAACACUGGUGUUGCGGUAACCUUUAUCACGCCAGAGCAGGAAAGCUGCGCGCCAGGCAUCGCCAAGGCUUUGGAGCAAAGCGAGCAGCCCGUUCCUGAGCGCCUCAACGAGAUGCGCAAGGCGCACCGUGAAAAGGUCAAGUCUGGCAAAGCCAAGGACACGUCUGGCUUUGGUGGCAAGGGUCUCGAUCGUCUCGACCAGGAGCGUGAAGCGGCACGAAUGCGCGAGCGCAAGACGCACAAGGCGGAUGGCGAGGAUGAAGAUGAGAAGAAGGAAGACAAGAAAGAAGAGGACGACACCAAGCACGAGCGCGCUCUCGAUGCCAUCAAAGCUGCCGCGUCUGGUAUCCAGUCGCGCGACUCGGCCAAGGCCGAGCCUGUCGUCAACGAACCCGUCAUCAAGACAUCUGGCGUUGUGGCCAGCAAUCCCGGCGCGUCCAAGGGCGGCGGCGGCGCCGGCAGCAACCCGCUCGACAAGGUCAGCUCGGCCGUCAGCGCCAUCAACAGCCGCCUCGGCAAGGCUGGCCAGCUGCGGUCAGGCCAGCCCAUUGACAACAAGGGCCCCGACGCGGGCGCGUUCCACGCGACGCUCGAGAUCAACGACUUCCCUCAGAAAGCGCGCUGGGCCGUCACGAACCGGACCAACGUGGCCAAGAUUCUGGAGAACACUGGAGUGUCCAUUACCACCAAGGGCAACUUUUACGCGGCGGGCAAGGAGGUCCCCGAAGGCGCGGAGCCGAAGCUGUACAUUCUCAUCGAGGGUGACACGGAGUUGGUGGUGGGCUCGGCGCUGAAUGAGCUGACGAGGCUGCUGAAGGAGGCCACGAUUGCGGCGGCGGACGCGGAUAGCAGGGCGCCCGCGAGCGGUCGUUAUACCAUUACGUGA